AUGCCCUCAUGUCCUUGCCAAAUCACCCUUGCCCGCAUAAUCCCCCUCCUCUCCCCUCGCCAUCCCUGCCCCUCCCCACCGCGUGCUUUCGGAACUCCAGAGGCGCUGGAGAGUCUAUGGGCGGUGGUGCAGCAUGUGCCUGAGGGCAGUGCGCGUGUGCUGCCCGCCGUGCUCUCCUGGCAUGCCCACCAUACCGCCGCCCACCCUGCAGACGGGCACGGCCAGCCACUGCCCAAGGAGCUGCUGCUGGCACUCAUUGGGCGGCUCAAGGAGCGGCUUCGGCUUGUGCACGCGUUUGAGGUGGCAGAGCAUGUGGUGCGCAGCCCGCACUACUGGCUGGGCAAGGAAGACUGGAGGAUGUUGCUGGACGUCUGCGUGCGGGCAGGCCGUGUCACGCGGGCAGAAGAAAUGUUCACCCUGCUGCCCAGACAUCUGCAAACGGAGGAGGUAUACAUGGGCAUUCUACACAACUACGCGCGGCGGGGAUUAGUGCGGCGGGUGGAGUCGCGAAUGGUGAUGCUGCGCGCCCUGGGCGUGCGCGAGAGCGCGCUGGGGUUUGAGGCGCGCAUGCUGGCGUACGGCGUGCGAGGCCUGCCGGGGGACGUGGAGCGUGUUGCACGGGAGAUGGCAAGCAAGGGCAUCCCCCUCACACCAACGGCCUACGAGUAUCUCAUGCAGGCCUACGCUCUUCGUCGCCACCCUCAACCCCCUAUCCGUUCCCCCCUCUCCCCCGUUCCCCCGUCCCCCCAGGGCAUCCCCCUCACGCCAACGGCCUACGAGCAUCUCAUGCAGGCCUAUGCGCGGCGCCGCCACCUCCCAUCCAUCCGCGCCCUCCUGCACCGCCUCGCGCACUCGCCCUUCCCGCCCUCCCUCCCCACGCUCACCGUGGCCGCCUGGGCAUUCUUCUCCCAGGGGCGCGUGGGGGAGGCUCAGGGGGUGGUGCAGGAGAUGCGUGCGCUGCAGGCGGGGAGGGGGGAGGGGAUGCCGGUGCCGGUGCUGGUGGGGCUGGCGUGGGCGUAUGCGCGGAUAGGGGAUGUGCGGCGGGUGGAAGAGGUGGUGGGGGAGCUGGAAGGAAUCAAGGGGCAUGAGCUCAGGAUACUGCACAUGGCUCGAAUUUACUGCUAUGCUGUGGCUGGCCGAGUGAAAGACGCUGAGAAGGCCUUCGCAGCCAUGCAGCAAGCAGGCCACGCACCAACAACAGCAGCCUACAACUGCCUACUCAUCGCAUACACACGCUCCCACCGCAUGCACGACGCGCUCUCCCUCCUCGCCACCAUGCGCGCCUCCCACAUGCUCCCUGACGCCACCACUUACCACCACCUCAUAACCGGAGCACUCAAUAACGAGGAUAUAGACAGUGCUGUGAGUCUGCUGCUGCAGGCAGCAGCAGCGGCAGCAGCAGGGCAUCCAUGGUCCUGGAAGAGAGGAAGUGCCAGCCCACGGGUUGAUGGUCCAAACCCCGUGGUGGAUGCUCAAGGGGAAGACCACGGGAGUGAGUGGGGCGUGCGGGAUGGGGGUGGUGUGGGUGCGCGGAGCGGGGUAGGGAGUGGCGGAUGGGUGCGUAGAGCGCGGGUGGUGGGUGGGCGGAAGGGCGAUAGGGGGCGGCGGAGGUUGCAGGUGAGGGUGGGGGUGUUUCUUGCAGUGGUGGAACGAUUAGCAGAGGCAGGGGAGGUGGAGAGGUUAGAGAGGGUGGUGAGUGAGGUGGGCAAGGGUGUGUAUGCGAUGGAUGCUGGGAUGUACAAUCUGAUUUUGGGGGCUGUGUUGCGGGGAGCCAGACGGGGGAAUAAGGGAAAGGGAGUGGGAGAGGCCGGGUGGCGCGGGGUGGAGGGUGAAGAGGAGAAAGGAAGUGAGGUGGUGGUUGAGGAGGACUCGAAGCGAGAUGGAGAUGAUGGGGGUGAUUUCACUGGUGAUAGUGGUGUGAAGGAUGUUGGGGUGGAGGAGCAAGGGCAGGAGCGGCGCGUGGAGGGGGGGGUGCGGCGCGUGUUGAGAUUGUUGCGUGCCUCGAGAAUACGGCCAAAUGUGCAAACGCGGGUCAUUUUGGCAGGUGUCGGUUUAGUGCGUUUGCUUGAUGAGGAGGGGCUUUCCGAGGUUGUGCCACGAUGA